UAAGGUAGAACAGUAGUAGCGUAACAUUGAUAUAACAUUGAUAGGCUUCUUCUUCUUCUUCUUCUUCUUCUUCAGUCAUUGGGGAGAUAUGGCCGCUGUAUCUGCAAUCUUCAUUUACCCAAUCAAAUCAUGCCGCGGUAUUUCAGUUCUCCAAGCACCUCUUACUCCUACUGGAUUUCGAUGGGACCGUCAAUGGCUGGUUGUCAACUAUAAAGGAAGGGCAUACACUCAGAGAGUGGAACCUAAACUUGCUCUGGUCGAGGUACACCUGCCGAACGACGCAUUCUUGGAGGACUGGAACCCUUCUGAAACCUCGUUUCUUGCAUAUUCUCAUUUUGCAGUCAUAAAAGCACCGGGGAUGGAUGUCUUAAAGGUUCCCCUGCGUGAACCUCAGCAGAAUGCAGAUGGUGUCUCUGUCUGGGAAUGGUCUGGCUCUGCACUGGAUGAGGGAGAUGCUCCUUCGAAGUGGUUUUCAGAUUAUCUUGGAAAACCCAGUCGUUUGGUUCGCUUUAAUGCAGCUUCACAAACAAGAGAAGUGGAUCCCAAAUAUGGUCCUGGACAUCAAAUCAUGUUUUCUGAUGAGUUCCCAUACAUGUUGAUAUCUCAGGGUUCUUUGGAUGCCUUGAAUACAGUUCUCAAAGAACCCGUAUCAAUUAAUCGCUUUAGACCUAACAUUCUUGUUGAUGGCUGUGAACCAUUCUCUGAGGAUUUGUGGACGGAGAUCAAAAUAGACAACGUCAUAUUUCAGGGUGUUAGGCUAUGUAGCCGUUGCAAGUUACCUUCAAUAAACCAGGAGACUGGAAUUGCAGGACCUGAGCCAAAUGAAACUCUAAAGAAUAUCCGAUCAGAUACCGUCCUGCAUCCAAACCAUAAACAGAAGGGAAAAAUUUUCUUUGGCCAGAAUUUGGUUUGGAAGAACUUAGCAGUUGAAGGGAAGGGAAAGAUCAUAAAAGUGGGAGAUAAAGUCAAUAUUCUGGGGAAGGUUUCCUCUAUAGCGGAAGCAGUAGUUUGAAUACGUAAGAUUACUAAUUAUUAUAUAAUAAGAUUAUGGACAUUAUUAUAUGGGCUUUGUUUAUAUAAUAUUGUAGUAGCCAAAUGAGAAGCAAGUGAGAUGGUACUCGUUGCUUGUCCAAUGUUUCCUGUGUGACAUUAAAUAUAGAUAUUAUAUGUAUGAAUAAGAAGGGGUACGAGACUACGAGUCCCCGUAGUGUAUUUCGUGGUUA